UAUAAUCAUGGCUCUUCAAGCCCAACAUCUCGAUUUCCCUUGUGCUGUGUAGUUCAGUAUUUGAAUGUUUAUGCGCUGUAAUUAUAUACGGACGGAUGCUCCCCCCUACCCCCUGCCCCUUGGAUCAUGCUCCUGCUGCCUGGAGUUACAAAGCUGUCGGUAUCGGUGACCAUGACGCGGAGGAUACGGAAACAAGUAAGACUAACAUUGGCGAGGUGACAGGCGGCACCCUGCGGGCAACACGGACUUGGCUGGUUCCUGAGCUGCUCGGAGAAUCAUGUCAGCUUCGGCUGUUUUCGUGCUCGACCUCAAGGGCAAGGUCCUAAUAUGCAGAAACUACAUGGGUGAUGUAGAUAUGAAUGAAAUUGACUACUUCCUACCGAUGUUAAUGCAGAAGGAGGAUGAGGAGAUUAGUUCCCCGUUCCUCAUCCACGGACGUGUUCACUUCCUCUGGAUAAGGCACAAUAACUUGUAUUUGGUAGCAGUGACAAAGAAAAAUGCAAACGCGGUGCUAGUUUUUGCAUUUUUAUAUAAAAUUAUUCAGGUUUUCACAGAAUAUUUUAAAGAGGUCGAGGAGGAAAGUAUUCGAGAUAACUUUGUUAUUGUUUAUGAACUUUUGGAUGAGUUGAUGGAUUUUGGAUUUCCACAAACGACCGAUAGUAAGAUUCUCCAAGAGUACAUCAUCCAGCAGGGACACAAGCUGGAAAUUGGAGCACCCCGUCCCCCUGCCACGCUCACAAAUGCAGUGUCCUGGAGAUCAGAGGGUAUCAAAUACCGAAAGAAUGAAGUAUUCAUUGAUUUGAUCGAAUCUGUCAAUUUACUGGUGAGUGCGAAUGGCAGUGUCCUGAAAAGUGAGAUUAUUGGAAAUGUAAAGCUGAAGGUCAUUCUCUCAGGAAUGCCUGAACUACGACUCGGUCUUAAUGAUAAGGUUCUUUUUGAGAUCUCUGGACGGGACAAGGCUAAAUCUGUGGAACUGGAAGAUGUAAAAUUUCAUCAAUGUGUGCGCUUGUCUCGCUUUGAAAACGAUCGAACCAUAUCCUUCAUCCCCCCAGAUGGAGAGUUUGAACUUAUGUCUUAUCGGCUGUACACUCAGGUAAAGCCCUUGAUCUGGAUUGAGUCAGUGAUUGAGAAAUAUUCGCACAGUCGAGUGGAAAUUAUGAUAAAGGCUAAGAGUCAAUUUAAACACCGUUCUACGGCAAACAAUGUUGAGAUUUUAGUACCAGUUCCCAGUGAUGCUGAUUCACCAAAAUUCAAGACAAGUACGGGCACUGCAAAAUGGGUACCAGAAAAAAACGCUGUCCUCUGGUCGAUCAAGUCUUUUCCUGGUGGCAAAGAGUACUUGAUGCGGGCUCACUUUGGUCUCCCAAGUGUGGAGGGUGAGGAACAGGAGGGGAAGCCGCCCAUCACUGUCAAAUUUGAAAUUCCGUAUUUCACUGUGUCUGGGAUUCAGGUGCGCUAUCUGAAAAUCAUUGAAAAGAGUGGCUAUCAAGCUCUUCCCUGGGUUCGGUAUAUUACACAGAGUGGAGAUUAUCAAUUGCGCACGAAUCAGUAGAAGUACAUUGGAAUUUCCAAGAAUGCAAUUUGUAACAAAGUUAUGAAAAAGGAAAGAAUCUUAACUGUUGACUCCUCAAGACAACAACCUUGGUGAUUACAGAUUCUACAGAGAGAAGAUUCAAAAGACAGUUCCUACCAGAACAGACAGGAAACUGUGACUGUGACUUUGAUUUCUUCGUUGUUUCUGGAUAUAUGUUAGGUUACUAUUUCAUUACUAUUCCUUUGUUGUUACUUGGAAACAGUCAGGUCAAUGUUGCCAGGCAGGUUAAUUGCUGCUCCCUGCGGGAUUUUCUGUCGUACAGUUUUAAUUUCUGAUGGUAAUAAUGCAGAAGAUCACAAUUAAAGCAACAUAAUUUGAACAUUUUCACUGAGCUGAUACGGACGAAGGUGUGAUGUCUAAGGGCAUAAUGACAUAAAAACUAGAAGCAGGAGGAGGCAAUUUAGCCCCUCAAACUGCUCCACCAUUUGAUACGAUCCUGGCUGAUCCCAUUUUGGCCUCAACUCCACUUUCCUACCGAAUCCCCAUAAUCCUUUAACCUGUUACUCAUUAAAAAUCUAUCUCCUGACAUCCGCUGCACACGCUGGAGUAGUGAAUUCCUUAAACUCACAACCCUUUCAGAGAAGCAAUUCUUCUUCAUCACUGUUUAAAUCUGUUACUCCUUAUCCUAAAACUAUGCCGUGUGAGUCUAGAUUGCCCCACAAGGGGAAACAUCCACUCUACGUUUACUUUGUUAAUUUCCAUCAGCAUCUUAUAUAUUUCAAUUAAAUCUCCUCUCAUUCUUCUAAACUCUAGCGAGUAUAAGCCAAAGGUGCUCAAUCUCUCCUCAUAAAACAAAUCUUUCAUCACUGGAGUUAAUCAUCUGGAUCUUGUCUGAACUGCCUCCACAUCAAUUGAUAUAAGUGAAAUUCCACAUGUAUAUCCACAGAGAGCGAUGAGGAGAAUCUGGUUCCUUUGUUUGUGUGUAACUCUUGUUCCUCUUUGCCAUUCCCAACCCACAACCAAACCCCAAAUUGUCCCUCUGAUUUCUUGUUUUUUUUACGUAGGGAUGCACCUCUGGAAUCAGAAGUGAAUAUCAUUGUAACAUCUUGCCUUCCAUGAAUUGUAUCCAUGUCUUCUCACUGGGCAAAAAUAAUUGGAAAAAAUAUACAACAAAAACAAGUGAGAGAAAUAGAAGGAUAAAUGUUCUUAUUGUCUGCUUGAAGAUCUGUUACAAUGAUCCAGUUUUAUGUGACAACUUCUUGUGUGAUCAAGAAGCAUUUGCUAUCUUGUGGGUAGAUUUAUUUUCAUGAGGUCACCAUUGUAUUAUGCCUUAAUGUUUGCCUGUCCAUAACAAUUCCACCAAUAUUAAGGGGAGGUUGUGGCGUAGUAGUAAUGUCACUGCAGUAGUCAUCCACGACCAAACUAAUGCUCUGGGGCCACGAGUUCAAAUCACACCUUUGAGACGAUCUGGAAUUGGAAGCAAGGCACUGCCGCCUCAAAGCACCAGGGACCCCAGUUCGAUUCCAGCCCUUAGGCAAUUGUCUGGGUGGGUUUCCUCUGGGUGCUCCGGUUUCCUCCCACAGUCCAAAGAUGAGCAUGUUAGGUGGAAUGGCCAUGCGAAAAACUGACCUAUAGCAUUCAGGGAUUUGCAUGUUAGGUGUUUCUUUUUAACUGCAAAAAUAUACUUUAUUCAUAGAAGGAAAUCUUUAUGUACAUACACAGUUAAUGAAGUCAUUCUGGUCUAUACUGUAUUACAGAGAAUAAAAUAAACAUUGGUGUUCGCCUUU